CAGCUCUCGCAACGUAACGCCGUGCUGCUGCUGCUUAGCUGUUGAUACUCUGCUGUCUAGUAUAAUAUCCACUCCCUACCUCUUUCUACAUACUCAUUAUCGUCGUAUAUAUUAUUUUAUACUCUGCUCUACAUCUACAUACAUCUAAUACACGAAACGGAGGAACUUUUAAAUAACGGAGCUGUGAAGUGUACUCAAUUUAUUAACUACUGUUGAAAUAAGAGACAGUCGAUUGUACAAUAAGUUAUAUAUUAUUAAUUUGGUGAUAAUUCUUAGUGAUAGAUUAAUGUAAUGAGGAUGAAUUUUUUCUCAUUGUUAACAUUAAUAAUUAUUAAAUAUAACACUGAAUUGACAAGUCGAUAAUAAGUUAAUAUAUUAUUAUUAUCAUAAUUAAAUAUUCAUUUUGUGUGCAGUGAAAGUGCCUUCGUAGUUAUUUUAUAAACUGCACAAGUAUUUGAGGUGAAUAAAAAUAACGAUGGUAGAUACGCAACACUUUUGUCUGCGAUGGAAUAAUUACCAGAGCAGUAUAACGUCGGCAUUUGAAAAUUUACGCGACGAUGAGGACUUUGUAGAUGUCACAUUGGCCUGCGAUGGCAAGAGUCUCAAAGCUCAUCGCGUUGUACUCUCUGCCUGCAGCCCAUACUUCCGUGAAUUGCUCAAGAGUACACCGUGCAAACAUCCGGUGAUAGUACUUCAGGAUGUGGCAUUUAAUGAUUUACACGCAUUAGUUGAGUUCAUUUAUCACGGGGAAGUUAAUGUACAUCAGCGAUCUCUCAGUAGUUUCCUCAAGACUGCUGAGGUUUUGAGGGUGUCAGGUCUUACACAACAGGCCGAUUCAACUGAACGAGAUGAGUUAUCACGAGUGCGUGCAUUAGCGGCACGCACAAAUCACGUACCACCCCAUGAUAAGUUGUCGGACGAGGGUUUCCCACGUGGUGGUUCUCCACCUACUCCACACACCCCGACACCAACAACAGUACAACAAUUGUUGCGACGUGCACAAAUACGUAGGAAUGAGAGGCGUACACCUGAUGAACAUGACGAUUCUAUAAAACGUUCGCGAGUACCUUCACCACCACUCAACAAUAAUGACGCGACGCCUACUGAUUUUUCAAUGGUAAAAAAUCAUUUAUCAGCGAAAGUUGAGGGCAAUGGUUUGCAUGAUGAAAACAGCCGUAUUGAAGACAAUAUUAAGUGCGAGCCGCUGGAAUUGACUGGAGGAAAUGGCAGGACCGGCGGACACAAUGAAGAUUCAUCCGAUUCUGGGGCUGCGGCAUCCGAUCGACCACCGGCUUCUGCGAGUAGUAAUGAACACGAACACGAACCAGAACAUCCUUCAACGCCAAACUAUUUACCCGAUAGCAAAUUAUUCUCAUCAACGCCUGGAAGUUUUAAUUUCAGUAUGGCCGCACUCACAACUGAUCACAAUCCAUUGUCAGUUAAAUUUUCAGGGUUAAGCCACGGAUUACAGACGCCGGAUUUAGCUGGGACUUCACAAGGUCUGUUGGCCGGCAGCAGCGCGACCGAUGAGUUUCGAUGUGAGCCUUGCAACAAAAACCUGACCUCCCUAACGCGGUUGAAGCGGCAUAUACAGAACGUCCACACCCGCCCGAGCAAGGAGCCUAUCUGUAAUAUCUGCAAGCGGGUUUACUCCAGUCUCAACAGUCUGAGGAAUCACAAGAGUAUUUACCACAGGCAGCAUGGAAAGAUCGAACAGCAGCGUAAAGACGAAGAGCAUCAGCACCAACAGCAACAGCUGCAGUUGCAGCAGCAGCAGCGUGAGAGAGAAAUUCAGGAUAAAUCUUAUUCUCAUCAACAGCCAAAGCAUCAGCAUUCACGAAUGGGCUAAUUGUCAUUAGGCCACUUGUAAUUUUAAAUUCACGCGGGAUUAACACGCUCAAAUUUAUUUCGAUUUUAGUUGUCCUCUUUAUUUUCUUCGAUAUCUUUUUUAAUGAAAUAACGAGCUAUUUAUUGAGGAAAAAUACCAUUCUUGUGCCUUGGACUAAGAGUCUAUUAAAUAUCUUUUUUUUUAUUUUUAACUUUUAAUUUUUAUUAAAUUUUUUUAUUUAAAUUAUAAAAUACUGAGAGUUGUGUUCCGCAGUUGAAGACAAUCGGGACAAUUGCAAUCGUUUUAUUUUUAAUUUUGCAUCGUUAAAAAAAAACGUUAUGUACACUGAGAAAAGAGUUUAUUUAAUGUUAAUAAAUAUAACUUUAUUUUUUAUCUUAAAAAAAUGUUUUUCAGUAAAUAAAUUUUUUUAACAAAAAAAAAAAAAAAAAAAAAAAAAAAAAAAAAAAAUAAAACAUUUUAGUUUAUAAAUAAUGAGGUAAAUGUACUCAGUAGUUGGCUAUGUCCCAGUAUUUGGACAAAAAAAAACCGUUAAAUUUAUUUAUAAUUUUUUGAAAAAAUUUUUUUCAUUUUUAUUUUACUAAUCAUUAGAAUUAAAUGAUAUUUUUAAGUUAAAAAAAAUAUACAUUUAUCAUUAUUGAUGAUAAAUAUUUAAAAAUUUUCUUAAUGGUCAAUUUUAGUUGAUAAAUAAAAUAGUUAACAAUAACUUAUUACUUAUCUCAGUGUAUAAAUUUUUAAUUUAUCGAUCCAAAAAGUUACCAAAAUAGAUUCACACAGUUAAAUAACGAAGAAUGAUAUAAAAUAUAUGAGUAUGAAUGGAAAUAUUUCAAAUGUAAAUGUUUAAUACUUAAUGGUUAUUAUUAUUUAAUGUAAAAUAUCAUGUCGGGUGAUCACUUACUUCAGCUAGUUGACAAUAGAUAGAUUUAGGUUGACUAUUGAGGUAUAUAUUUAUAUUAAUAUUAAUAUUUAUGAUAUUUAAUAUUUAAUAUAUAUCUUACACGAUGUGAAUUAACAAAGUUAUUUUGAGGUAUUUGAAUUUAUCAUCAAUGAUUUUGAAUACCCAUCGACCUGAUGCAACCUAAUUCUGACAAAUAAUUCAAAUAACAUUUGUGAUUCCAAUCAUUUAAAUAUUUAUAUAUCAUGUACCUAAAUACUACGAUCAUUUAUUUUUUAAUUACCCGUGUUAAAAAAAAAGGUCACAAAAAUUUGGAAAAUUUCUUUGUGAAUUAAACUCCAAGUUUAAUACCUUUCAGUACUUAAAGUCUUCAAUUUUUGAAUUUUUGAAAAUUUGUAUGAUGAUGGAAUUAAAAAAUUAAUUCGUUUGAAUUUUGAGUGAUUUUAAUUUUUAAGUUCAAAAUUAUUCAUAUUAACGAUCACAAAGACUUCCGAGAAUGUACUAAUUCAAAAAUCUUACCUUGGAAUAUAAUUCAAAUUAAUCAGCGGUUCAACUUUAAGAUUUUCGAAAGUUUAAAAAAUUGUUAAAUUCAAGAAUUUCAAGUUCAAAAUUUUUUAGAUUUGAGACUUCUGCAAAGUGAACAUUUUUGGAACGACUUUUUUCUACAUUAUGAUGUUUAUAUACAUAAGUCAUUAUUUUGAAUUUUUGAAUUUUGAUUAUCAGUAAUUCCAUUUAAAUUAAUGUUCUACAAAAAUUUCUAGCAAUUUAUUUUCAUACUUAAUAAUAAUAUUAUAAUUUUCUUUGGUUAUCAAAAAAUGUAAUUUUUGGACGGGUCAUUAUUGAUCAGAUUUAUAGUUUUCAAUGAUUGUAGUAUCUUAAAACGAGGCUUACAAUAGAACGCGUCAUUUUGGAUACCGUUUAAAAAUUUAUUUAUUAAUUAUAAAUUUAUAAUCUAUCGAAAAAUAUUUGUUUCUAGAACUAUAGAUGCUUAAUUUAUUUUUAAA